AUGUGGCGGUCUGCCAGCAAUUAUCUCCCCUUCCCAGACUUUUCGAAACUUCUCAGUCAUUAUGAGUGGACUUCAUCUUCUCUUUUUUCCUUUAUUCUUUUAUUUUUAUGCUAUACCCUCUUUCUCUUUUGGCCACACAUUUCUUUCUUUUUUCUUUCUUUCUUUUUUCUUUCUUUCUUUCUUGCUUUUUCUUUCUUUCUUUUUUUCUACCCCUCGUUUUUCCUUCUUUCUUUUUUCUUUCUUUUUUCUUUCUUUCUUUAUUUCUUGCUUUUUCUUUCUUCCUUUUUUUUCUUCCCCACUUUUUACCUUCUUUCUUUCUUUCUUUCUUUCUUUCUUUCUUUCUAUAGUCGACUUCAUCUUCUCUUUUUUUCUUUAUCCUUUUAUUUUUAUGCUAUUCUCACUUUCUCUUUUGGCCACACAUUUCUUUCUUUUUUCUUUCUUUCUUUUUUCUUUCUUUAUUUCUUGUUUUUUCUUUUUUUUCUUUUUUUCAUGCGCACAUUUUUCCUUCUUUCUUUCUUUCAUUCUUUCUUCCUUUGUUUUCAUUUUUUCUUUCUUUCUUUUUUCAUUCUUUCUUUCUAUCUUCCUAUCAAACAUUUUUCCUUCUUUCUUUCUCUCAUUUUUUCUUUCUUUUUUCUUUCUUUAUUUCUUGCUUUUUCUUUCUUUCCUUCUUCUUUAGUUUUUCUUUCUUUCAUUCUUUCUUCCUUUAUUUUAAUUUUUUCUUUCUUUUUUCAUCUUUUCUUUCUAUAUUUCUCUCAUACAUUCUUUCCUUCUUUAUUUCCUUCUCUCAUACUUUCUUUCUUUUUCUUUCUUUCUUUAUUUCCCACUUUUUUCUUUCUUUCCUUCUUCUUUCUUUCUUUCAUUCUUUUUUCAUUCUUUCAUUCAUUCAUUCUUUCUUUCUUUCAUUCAUUCUUUCUUCCUUUGUUUUCAUUUUUUCUUUCUUUCAUUUUUCAUUCUUUCUUUCUAUCUUUUUCUCAUACUUUCUUUCUCUCGUUCUUUCUUUCUUUCUUUCUUUCUUUCUUUCUUCUGUUCUUUCUUUCUUUCUUUCUAAUACUGUUUCGGAUAUUUUUCAUAAUCUUUCUUUCUUUCUCUUUAAUCUGUCUUGCUUUUCUAUUUUCUAAAAAAAUUUUCACACUUUUCUUUUCCUUCUUUCUUUCUUUCUUUCUUUCUUUAAUUCUUUCUUUCUUUCUUUCUUUCUUUCUUUCUUUCUUUCUUUCUUUUUCAUUUGUUUCUUUCUUUUUUCCAUUCUUUUGA